CGACCGCCAUCAGGGAAAAAAAAGUAUUCUUCGUGUUCUCUCUUCUCUUUCUUUUGCUUUUUUUUGCCACGGAGCAGAGACGAACAAAAAGAACGAUCGUUCUGGUUGAAAGGGCCUACUUAGAGUAAGCUGCCUGUGCCCCCGGCCAGCCCCUCGCCCAGAAAGGUCGAUUGGCCCAGCGGCGUCACGUCAAGACUGCUCAGCCCCAAUUCCAGGUUUACUCCAACCAUUAUCGCCCGCCUGAACAACAUCCUUCGAACAGACGACCCUAUUUACUCUCCCGCGGAGUGUCCUGUUUCCUGUUUCUGCGGUCGGAAAGUGAAUGCGCAAGGCCGCAUCUUUCUAGUCGGCUUGCUUUGACUGGCCUUGAACGCCCGACUCGGUCGCGGUGUCUCGCGAGCAUUCGCUGCAGAAUGGGUUCGAAUCUACCAGCCCAGCCAAAUCUGAGGGUUACAAUUAUCGCGGCGGAUGGAUUAUACAAGCGAGAUGUCUUUCGUUUUCCGGAUCCAUUCGCUGUGGCCACCGUCGGCGGUGAGCAGACCCAUACCACCUCGGUGAUUAAGAAAACGUUGAAUCCAUACUGGAAUGAGAUGUUUGAUCUGAGAGUCAAUGAGGAUAGUAUACUAGCGAUCCAGAUCUUCGAUCAGAAGAAGUUCAAGAAGAAGGACCAGGGUUUCCUAGGCGUCAUCAACGUUCGCAUUGGAGAUGUGAUCGAUUUGCAGAUGGGUGGCGAUGAGAUGCUUACCCGCGAUCUGAAGAAGUCAAAUGACAAUCUGGUCGUGCAUGGAAAGCUCAUCAUCAACCUGUCUACGAACCUCAGCACACCAAAUACCACGAGUCAGAACAGGACGCAGAAUCGCGCAUCGUCAACCGGACUUGUCCCGCAGCCAGCUCUCCCCCACUCCGAGUCGUCUACCGCAGCUGCUUCCACCGCGAGUACUCCACGACCUCCAGCUUCUUCUACUCGACCGACCAGCAUUGUGGCCCCUGUCAACGGCACCGCGGCGCAGCCUAAUGGACACGCUUCCUCUCGCACGAACCUGAGCUCCUUCGAAGAUAGCCAGGGCAGACUUCCUGCUGGAUGGGAAAGACGCGAGGAUAAUUUGGGGAGGACGUACUAUGUCGACCAUAACACGAGGACAACCACCUGGACGAGACCGUCGGCAAACUAUAAUGAACACACUCAACGAACCCAGCGGGAGGCCAGUAUGCAGAUGGAACGGAGAGCCCACCAAAGCCGGAUGCUACCGGAGGAUCGUACAGGUGCCAACUCUCCCAGCUCAGCAGAAGCUCACCAAACGCACACGCCACCAAGCGGUAGCAAUGCCAAUGCUGUUUCUAUGAUGGCAACUGGUGCGACUACGGCCGGUACCGGUGAGCUUCCUGCUGGAUGGGAGCAGCGUACAACGCCGGAAGGACGACCAUAUUUCGUCGACCACAACACUCGCACGACGACGUGGGUUGAUCCCCGUCGACAACAGUACAUCCGCAUGUACGGCCAGAACGCAAACGGCACCAACACCACAAUUCAGCAGCAGCCAGUAUCCCAGCUGGGUCCUCUACCAAGUGGAUGGGAGAUGCGGUUGACGAACACAGCACGCGUCUAUUUUGUUGACCACAAUACCAAGACGACGACUUGGGAUGACCCCCGGUUGCCGUCAUCCUUGGACCAGGGCGUGCCGCAGUACAAGCGUGACUUCCGGCGUAAAUUGAUCUACUUCAGAUCGCAGCCCGCUCUGAGGAUCAUGUCUGGACAGUGCCAUGUCAAGGUCCGCCGAUCAAACAUUUUCGAGGAUUCGUAUGCCGAGAUCAUGCGUCAGAGUGCAUCCGAUCUCAAAAAGCGGCUCAUGAUCAAGUUCGACGGAGAGGACGGUCUGGAUUAUGGUGGUCUCUCUCGUGAAUUCUUCUUCCUUCUUUCUCACGAAAUGUUCAACCCUUUCUAUUGUCUAUUCGAAUAUUCCGCGCACGAUAAUUACACCCUGCAAAUUAAUCCUCACUCCGGCGUUAAUCCCGAACAUUUGAAUUAUUUCAAAUUUAUUGGCCGCGUUGUCGGUCUCGCCAUCUUUCAUCGUCGUUUCCUCGACUCUUUCUUCAUUGGAGCAUUCUACAAGAUGAUGCUGAGGAAGAAGGUCACCCUCCAGGAUAUGGAAGGUGUCGAUGAAGACUUGCACCGUAAUUUGACGUGGACUCUGGAGAACGAUAUCGAAGGCAUUGUGGAGCUGACAUUCUCCGUUGACGAUGAGCGAUUCGGAGAGCGUCAUACGGUUGAUUUGAUACCCGGUGGCCGGGACAUCCCCGUCACCAAUGAAAAUAAAGCGCAAUAUGUUGAGCUAGUGACGGAGUGGAAGAUUCAGAAGCGUGUUGAGGAGCAGUUUAAUGCGUUCAUCUCCGGCUUCAACGAACUGAUUCCUCAGGACCUGGUCAACGUUUUCGAUGAGCGAGAAUUGGAGUUGCUCAUUGGCGGUAUCGCUGAUAUCGAUGUCGAGGACUGGAAGAAGCACACUGACUACCGAGGCUAUCAAGAGUCAGACGAGGUUAUCCAGAACUUCUGGAAGGUCAUUCGCGGCUGGGAUGCGGAACAGAAGUCCCGCUUGCUCCAGUUUGCCACUGGUACAUCUCGUAUUCCAGUCAACGGUUUCAAGGAUCUCCAGGGUUCCGAUGGUCCCAGAAGGUUCACGAUCGAGAAGUCUGGCGAUCCGAAUGCGUUGCCCAAAUCUCAUACUUGCUUCAACCGUCUUGAUCUUCCGCCGUACAAGACAUUCGAGGCUCUUGAUCAGAAGCUCUCGAUUGCGGUCGAGGAAACAGUAGGAUUCGGUCAGGAGUAGAGCAAGACGAUCCGACGCAGGGAUGCGCUCAUGUUUGUGUUUACUUGGGGUGUUAUAUCGGUCACCGUAUAGUGGACUGGCAAUCUAGCACGGGCAUCUGUUGACCCUUUUCCUUUCUGGUGGUGUUUGCUAUGUUGCAGUCGGUCUUGUCGACCCGACUUCUAGGAUCAAGUGCGACUCUUCAAGAGAAGUCAGUUCCAUUACUUUACUAUUCGAAGGCCGUGUCUUUGACGUUGCGUGCGGAUAGCAAAAGAUACUGUCUUUUUUCUUUCUCUUUUUUGCACAUGCGGUUUUUCCCUUCUUCCGUUUGUAUAUCUGUACAAUUCUACCGGUCAGAGGCCUUUAUGAUCUUGUUUUACUCGCAAACGAUGCUGCUGGUCGUUAUCCAGCGACUGCGCUUUUCAAGUCGUUAUGGGGCGCACUGUUGAUACUGUUGAUAUUUAGUCGAGCAUAUCUAUCUGAUAAUCAAUCUACGUCAUGGAGGCU